AUGAGUCUAGGCGGCCCUGCGCAUGAAUCAUUGCUUUCCAAGCCUCAUUCUCAACAACCUGCACAGACAAUUGAAUUGAGUCGUGGCGAGAGUGCCUCCAAUGUUUCUGUCAUGUCAAAUAACGGUUGCAAUGAUGUUGUGAACGGUAUACUCGAUCUUGUCAGACCUAACGACCAAAACGAAUAUGACGUGGCUGAGGGUAUUUCGGCACCAUGUUUUCGAGUUAUAAUGGAUUACUAUCAUCGAGGGAUAAUGAAUUGUCCACCUGUUGUUUCUGCCUGUGAUUAUCUAAUGGUGCCCUUUAAUGUGAAUACUGUUAAAUGUCAAGACUUACGUUCACUUCUACAUGAAAUUAGCAACGAAGGAGCGCGGGGACAAUUUAAUGUCUUUUUGGAGGAAAUAAUUUUGCCCCAGUUAGUGAUUGCUGCAGAGAGGGGUGAACGAGAAUGCCAUAUUGUUGUUUUAAUGGAUGAAGAUGUGGUUGAUUGGGAUGAGGAGUAUCCACCUCAAAUUGGUGGUGAAGAUGUUCCACAAGUUGUCUACAGUACUCCUUUAUAUAAAUUCUUCAAAUAUGCUGAGAAUCGUGAUGUUGCAAAGCAAGUAUUAAAAGACCGAGAAAUGAAGAAAAUUCGUCUUGGAAUGGAAGGAUAUCCAACACACAAAGAACGAAUUAAAAGGCGUUUUAACCGGACAGAAGUUAUGUACAAUUAUGUCCAGAGACCUUUUUUGCAUUCAUCUUGGGAAAAGGAAGAAGCCCGUUCACGACAUGUUGAUUUUGCUUGUCCUAUUGUAAAAAGCAAGUCAAAUCCAAGUUUGGCGUCUGCUGCUUCAGACCCGUUGCCUCAGGUUUUUUUAUUUUUUUCUUCUUCUAAAUCAUAUCCUCCGUUGUGCAAAAAAAUAUUUUUAGAAAUUUGUUUUUAUUUUUAG